UUAAUAUCUUCAUAGAGUGGGCGAUGUAUAUGCAUCACAGCGAUCCUGCAAAUCAGUAACUGGCACACGCCGGAGUGAUUUGAACGUGUGAUAAGGACUAUUUUUAUUAUUAACUUUUUUAUAUUUUGAAGUAUUUUUUAGAAUUUUUGUGGCAAAAUGAAUGUACACCAUACAGUGCACAGGACACGGGUGUUCCGACAAAACUCUACGAUGGAGAAAUUGUUAAAAAUGGCGACACCCGAGCAGCCGUCAGCGGCGACCCCCGGCGCUGAUACUGUGGACCCAAACCAGCCUACGCCCGCGCCCCGCAAGCAGGCGCGGCCCCGAGGCAAGCCGCAGCCAGAGCGCCCGAAACGGAGUCUCUUCUGUUUGGGCCUCAAGAAUCCUCUGAGGAAGCUCUGCUACGAUAUAGUCGAGUGGAAACCGUUCGAGUACAUGAUAUUAAUAACAAUUUUCGCCAACUGUAUAGCCUUAGCUGUGUUUACUCCAUAUCCGUCCGGUGACACAAAUAAUACUAAUCAAAUUUUGGAAAAAGUGGAAUGGGUGUUUAUGGUGAUAUUCACGGGGGAGUGCAUCAUGAAGAUCAUAGCGUACGGCCUCCUGCUCCACCCGGGUGCUUAUUUAAGGAACACCUGGAACGGCCUGGACUUCACCAUUGUCACUAUUGGUAUUGUGUCCAUGGUGCUACCAUACUUUUCUGCAGACAGUUUUGACGUCAAAGCCUUGAGAGCUUUCAGAGUUUUGCGUCCACUACGACUGGUAUCAGGAGUGCCAAGUCUUCAGAUCGUGCUGAACUCAAUUUUGAAGGCUAUGAUACCGCUGUUCCACAUCGCCUUCCUGGUGUUGUUCGUCAUCAUCAUUUACGCCAUCAUCGGCCUCGAGUUGUUCUCCGGAGUGCUUCACGAGACCUGUUAUACAGAUGAGACUGAGAACUCCGGAAAUCCGUGUAACAGCGACGGUGACGUUGGCUACAAGUGUGAGCCUGACGAAACUUGCAGGGGACCUUGGAUGGGCCCCAAUUUUGGCAUCACCAACUUCGAUCAUAUUGGCUACUCCAUGCUCACUGUCUUCCAAUGCAUUACUCUUGAAGGAUGGACGGACAUCAUGUAUGCUAUAGCCGAUGUCAAGGGAAACACAUGGGCCUGGAUUUAUUUCGUAACGUUGGUCAUAUUUGGAAACUUCUUCGUCAUGAACCUCAUUCUUGGUGUGUUGUCUGGUGAGUUUUCAAAAGAAAGAGAAAAGGCGAAAAAUCGCGGUGAUUUCCAAAAGUCACGUGAAAGACAGCAAUUUGAAGAGGACUUGAAAGGUUACCUCAAUUGGAUAACCGUAGCUGAAGAAUUAGAUCUAGAAAAUGAUCAGGCUCAAAAGGAAGACGACGAAACUUCUCAGGGUAAAAAAGACAGAAAAAGUAAUGAUGGAUCUCAAAAUAAUUUAAAUGGUAUGAAUGGCGAUCAGGUUCAAAGUACGACGUGUAAAGUAUACUGUAGGAGGUUUGACAAGGUAAAUCGGAGAUUAAGAAGAGCUUGCAGAAAAGGUGUCAAAUCCCAAACAUUCUAUUGGGCUAUUAUUGUUCUUGUCUUCCUUAACACAUUAGUCUUAGCUACUGAGCAUCAUAAUCAACCGAAAUGGUUGGAUCAUUUCCAAAAUUAUGCUAAUUAUUUGUUCGUCGUUCUAUUCACUAUGGAAAUGUUGGUUAAAAUGUAUGCACUUGGAUUUCAAGGAUACUUCGUAUCAUUAUUCAACCGUUUUGACUGCUUCGUCAUGUUGUGUUCAAUAGUAGAACUGGCCCUCACUAUGACGGACACUAUCCCACAGUUGGGUAUAUCUGUGUUGAGAUGCGUCCGGUUGCUCAGGGUUUUCAAAGUUACCAAGUAUUGGCGAUCACUCUCCAACCUGGUCGCUUCCCUUCUCAACUCCAUUCAGUCCAUCUUCUCUCUUCUUCUACUUCUGUUCUUGUUCAUCAUGAUCUUCGCGUUGCUCGGGAUGCAGGUGUUCGGAGGCAAGUUCGACUACGAACCCGAGGAACAGAAAGAGAGACACAAUUUCGACUCUUUCUGGCAGGCUGUAUUGACAAUGUUUCAGAUCCUCACCGGUGAAGAUUGGAAUGUCGUAAUGUACCACGGUAUCAACGCGUACGGAGGCGCAGGCACAGCGGGAAUGCUCGCAUCCAUUUACUUCAUCGUCAUCUUUGUCUGUGGCAACUAUAUUUUACUAAACGUGUUCUUGGCUAUCGCCGUCGACAACUUGGGAGACGCCGAGGAAAUGGAUGAAAUUGAAAAAGAACAGGAGGACGCUGAAAAUGCUGAAGCUGGCAAUCCACAACUAGAUGAAGAGAGAGGGGAGACUGAUGAUGAAUAUGUGAACGAGGAAGAAGGUUAUUCUAGUGAAGGAUCUGAGCAUGAGUAUGAAGAGACUGGAUCAGAAGAAGAAGAAGUUGAUGAACAGGAACAAGAAGAAAGAGAUAAUGCAAACGAUGCACUCGUUACGACUGAGAAAAUACAGAAUGGUGAUAUUAAAAAAGAAGAACAGGAGGCAAUAAAGCGACAACCGACAAUAUCAGCUCGACCACGACGGCUUUCAGAAGUGGAAAUAAAGUCCCAGGAGAAGCCAAUUCCUGAUGGCAGUAGUUUCUUUUUAUUCUCAAAGACAAACGGAUUUCGGGUGUACUGCUACAAAAUCCAAAAUAAUUCAUGGUUCAAAAACUUGAUUCUGCUGUGCAUUUUGGCCUCAUCCCUCAUGUUGGCUAUGGAAGAUCCAGUCGGAGGAAAAGCCAAUGCUGACAAGAAUGAUACUCUCCGCAAGAUAGAUUACUUCUUCACAGCAGUAUUCACCGUCGAGCUUGUAUUGAAGUUGAUCACCUACGGAUUCAUUUUACAUAAAGAUGCCUUCUGCAGAUCUGCCUUCAAUCUUCUCGAUUUGCUUGUUGUCAUCGUUUCCUUGGUGUCUUUGGCAGGGAGUUCGUUUGGCUUUAUUAAGAUUCUGAGAGUAUUCAGAGUGUUGAGGCCUCUCAGAGCCAUCAACAGGGCAAAAGGCCUAAAGCACGUAGUUCAGUGCGUCAUAGUUGCAAUAAAAACGAUUGGCAACAUUUUGUUGGUGACAAAUCUUCUACAGUUCAUGUUUGCUGUCAUGGGGGUGCAAAUGUUCAAGGGAAAGUUUUCUAAAUGUAGCGAUAUCACGAAAGUUACACAGGACGAAUGCCAAGGCUCAUAUCUAGUGUAUACCAACGGAAAACCUACAAUAGAGGACAGGAUAUGGUCCGUGAACAAGUUUAACUUCGAUGAUGUGCUCAGCGGUAUGCUGACACUGUUUACAGUGUCCACCUUCGAGGGGUGGCCGGGUUUAUUGUCUACUUCAAUGGAUUCGAACGAAGAAAACCACGGCCCAAUAGAGAAUUCCAGACCUCUAGUGGCGUUCUUCUAUAUCAGUUACAUUAUAGUUAUUGCGUUUUUCAUGGUGAAUAUUUUCGUAGGUUUCGUCAUAGUAACAUUCCAGAAAGAGGGAGAACAGGAGUUCAAAGAUUGCGAACUGGACAAGAACCAGAGAAACUGUAUCGAGUUCGCUUUGAAAGCGAAACCUAUCAGAAGGUAUAUUCCUAAGCAUCGAAUUCAGUACAAGACAUGGUGGUUCGUGACAUCACAGCGCUUUGAAUACUUCAUAUUCUUCUUCAUCGUGCUGAACACUGUCGCUCUCAUGAUGAAGUUCCAUGAGGCACCAGCUGAGUAUAAGAAAAUACUCGACAAUCUUAAUAUGGCAUUGACAACAGUGUUCAUGCUUGAGUUUGUGUUUAAGUUGGCUGCAUUCAGGUUUAAGAACUACUUUGGUGACGCUUGGAAUACGACAGAUUUCAUAUUGGUAGUAGGGAGUAUUAUAGAUAUUGUAGUCACACAAGUGAAUGAGAAUAAAAAUAAACCAGAGUUAGAGCAAGUAAUUAUUCCAUUGAAGAAAACUGAUGAGGGUACACUAUUGAAAUACAUAACGUUCUUUCGAUUGUUUCGAGCGAUGCGUUUGAUAAAGCUGCUAUCGAGAGGAGAGAGAAUUCGGACGUUACUGUGGACUUUCAUCAAAUCGUUCCAGGCUCUGCCUUAUGUAGCCUUGCUGAUUGUUCUGCUGUUCUUCAUAUACGCUGUAGUUGGGAUGCAGCUGUUUGGCAAAAUCGCUCUCGACGAUGCAGUUAUAACGAGGCAUAACAAUUUUCAAACGUUUGGUAGUGCUCUGAUGGUUCUCUUUCGAUCGGCAACAGGAGAGGCGUGGCAGGAGAUAAUGAUGGCAUUAUCAAACAACACACUGGAGCGGCCCGGCAACCCGCCCGGAUGCAUCGACGCCGACGGCAACACCGACGUUAACGACGGCGGCUGCGGCACCUGGCUCGCCUUUCCCUACUUCAUCUCCUUCUCGCUGCUGUGCACUUUCUUGAUUAUUAAUUUAUUCGUUGCUGUUAUUAUGGACAACUUUGACUACCUUACUAGAGAUUGGUCUAUAUUAGGCCCCCAUCAUCUUGAUGAAUUUGUGAGAUUAUGGAGUGAGUAUGAUCCAGACGCCAAAGGCAGAAUCAAACAUUUAGAUGUGGUAACACUUUUGAGAAAAAUAAGUCCACCAUUAGGGUUUGGUAAACUAUGCCCCCAUCGGACUGCAUGUAAGCGUCUUGUUUCCAUGAAUAUGCCACUUAAUUCGGACGGUACUGUCAAUUUCAACGCAACUUUGUUUGCUGUCGUAAGAACACAACUACAGAUUAAAACUACAGGUGUCAUUGACGAGUGUAACACUGAACUUCGAGCGAUCAUAAAAAAAGUUUGGAAACGUACUUCUUCAAAACUAUUGGACCAAGUUGUGCCUCCACCAGGAGAUCCCAACGAGAUCACAGUCGGCAAAUUUUACGCUACUUUUCUUAUACAGGAUUAUUUCAGAAGGUUCCGAAAACGUAAGGAGCAAGCAGCGGCUGCAUCGGUUCAGAACAGCCAAAUGACUUUACAAGCGGGUCUACGUACUUUGCACGAGGCUGGCCCUGAGUUGAAGCUGAAGAGAGCAAUAUCUGGGAAUCUCGACGAAAUCGUAGCGGAAACUGUGGAACCGAUGCAUAGACGCAAUCACACAUUGUUUGGCGCAGUAUGGACGAGUCUCAAGAAACAUGGCCGUGAAAGUUUCUAUGGGCGUGACAAGAAGAUGGCACCACCUUCUGUAAAACUAAAAAUACCGAAUAAAGAAGACGGCCAGACGCUAAGUUCUAUGAUGAGGAGAGAACUUGGUAUGGAUGGCAAAAUUCCGGAAGAAGAAGCAAAAUAUGAAGAAGGUAACCAGAGUGACGAAGAAAUAGCAAUGACUCCACUAUUGCAAGGAAAGGACUCCGAAAGGAUAUUCAGAGCUAUAGAAAAAACGUCCAACGAUUUAGUGCAGAGUAUGAAAAAUCAUAGUCGUGACAAAACGUCGAAACUGAACAACAACGUGCCUUAUUGCGUAGAGAAUCCAGCGGAGAAUCUUAUUACUCAAGUACUGACGGAGCAGGGGCUUGGCAAGUACUGCGACAAGGAGUUCAUCCAGAGUACCUCGCGUGAGAUGCAGGAGGCGCUCGACCUCACACAGGAGGAGAUGGACACCGCCGCAAAUCGCAUUAUAUUACAAGACAGUAAAAUGAGUGCGGCGAGAGAAACGGAUGUGGAGAACCUGUUCUCCAGGCAGUACCAUCCCUUCCAUCAGCCACCGAUGCAGCCUCCGCCAAGAAAAAAAUAAGAUUAACUUUUAUAUUUUGGAUUCCAGUUUUAACCAACUCGGCUGGCAACCGAGUUGGUUUUUUAACCCUAUUCCAGGGUUUUUGGACUAAGCAGGUCAGCGGGCUUGCUUUUAGAGACUUCUAAGUUAAAGAAGAAUUUUUUGAAGAAUGUUUGUAUAUAAAAUGCUUAACCCUUAAACAAUGGGUGUAUGAACUGUAUUUAUAUUUACAUACUUGUUUAUAUGAAUAAAAGAGCUAGGUUAAUGUUAAGUUUGAAAUUUUUUCACCUUCCUAUUUUUUCCAAUUGAUCGUUUUAUACAAAUAAAUGUAAUAUUAUUAAUAUAAUUUUGGCUAAUGAAAUGAAAUCCCAAAUAAUUUUCAAAGAGAAAAAUUCAAUAGAGUUAUUUUUAUGUAAGUACCUACAAACGUAUUAGUCGAUGACUAAGUUUUUACAGGAAACUAAAUCUAUUUAGCUGUACUAUUUAUUAGUGUCUGGUGUAACAUAAAUUAUUAUAUUAUGGCGAUGUGCCUUAAACAAAAUAUUCCAAAGUAUGAAGACGAAAUUUAUGUGCCAAAGUGUUUUGCCUUAGAUAUAUGAAUUAUAUUUAACUUUACCCUAUUAAAUUUGUGUAUCGAAAUUUUCCCAUAAAUAUAUUUUCACAAAUUAUAUAGUGUAAUUGUAUUUACAUCUUACAAUUGUAUUUCAAAUGUGCAUGAUAUUUAUAACACAUUAUUGUGUUCAAGUUAAUCAAGUUAAUGCUUUUUUUUAAAUAUCUUUUCGUGUUAGAAGUCUUUACUUAAAUUAAAAUGAUAUACUACUUAACUGUAUGUAAUAAAUUAAAUAUUUUUUUAUUCAAAUUGGAAGUAUAAAAUAAAUAUUUUGAAUGGUCUAAUAUAAUUUCUCGGCCCUGUUCAGACUUCUUUUCGCCGAAAGAAACUUCAUAAUACUAAUGAGAUGAAAAAUUAUAUUUACAAAACUCUGUAUCAUUAUAUGGUCAAUAUUAUAAUGUAUUAUCAAGAAUUCUAUGUAAUAAUAAAAUUGAGGUACAUUUUGAAGAGGGUAUUUUAUUGUUGCUAUUUUUCCAUUAAAACCAGCGAACCCUAUAUGAAUUACUGCAAAUACUUUGUCAAUACUUUAGCCUGAUUCUUAAUUUAAGAUUGGUAAAGGUUUUAUCGUAAAUAUAAUGUCAACCCCAUUCUACGUCCAAUAAAUUCUGCAUUAAACCCGCGAACCCUAUAUGAAUUACUGCAAAUACUUUGUCAAUACUUUAGCCUGAUUCUUAAUUUAAG